AUUUUGUGAAUUAAUUUCAAUUACAACUGAUUUAUGGACAGCUAAAAGCAAAACAGGAUAUAUAGGAAUCAUAGAACAUUGGUUAGAUGAAAAUUUUAAAUCUUAUGAUAUUUUAAUUGGUUUUGAAAAAAUUUUAUAUCUACAUACAGCUAAUUCUAUUGCCAUUUAUUUAGAAAAAUAUAUUGAAGAUCAUAAUAUUGAAAAAAAA